GCAAUCCUACGUUACGGGCCUGCAAUCUGCCAAUAUGUACAGAUGACGUCACAUUCUCAACAUUGGCACGUGUAUCGACUAAUCGAACGUCGACGCUAACUGCGAGUCUCGUGGAUCGACGGCGGUUGACGGUAAGUCGAUGGUUAUCGUGUUGGAAGUCAGCGGUAUUGGGCAGUGGUGGGAAGUGGCUGUUCGACGUGACGGAUCUUCGUGAAACGUCCGGUGAUCGAAUUUCAUCCGGCUGUGCUGUACGAUCUUUCGGAAUUUUGCUAUGGCGUAACGGUGAAAACGCGCGAGGAUGAGCAGAAUCGUGAGGCCCGCGGGCCCCUGUAGGGGUGGCCUGUACGUCGUCGAGGGCGAGGUAUGCCUCCUGGUGACGGCGAUGCGGCGAGGUGCCCGAUGGUCGUCACACUCUCACCAGGACGACGACCAGGAUGCUCUCAUGAAGGGCUUGGGUACCUUGAAGGAGGUGUUAAAUGAGCACAGAGAUCUAUCCCAAUUGGAACCCGCAGUCUUUCUCACUCCCUUUCUGGAAAUCAUUAGAUCUGAAGAAACUACAGGACCUGUGACUAGUCUAGCGCUAUCUGCCGUUAAUAAGAUAAUUUCUUAUGGUCUCGUUGAUUCUAACCAUCCUGCUGUAGCUAUAUGCGUAGAAGCCAUAGCGGAUGCUGUUACACACGCAAGGUUUGUAGGUGCUGAUGCGUCUGGUGACGGAGUGGUUCUCAUGAGAGUCUUGCAAGUUCUGAGAGCCCUCAUGCUGUCGCCUGCUGGCGAUCAUCUCUCCAACGAAAGUGUAUGCGAAAUUAUGCUGAGUUGCUUUAGGAUAUGUUUUGAAACGCGUCUUAGUGAAAUUCUUAGAAAAACGGCAGAGCAUUGCCUGAGGGAUAUGGUUCAACAUUUGUUCACCAGGCUACCUCAAUUUGUCGAAGAUACCAGAGUCUUGCCGAAUAUGAAAAAAAUGAGGACAAACAGCAUUGAAAAUACUCGUAGCAAGAGUAGAAAACAAAAAAGUUAUACGAAGCAAAAAUCCAAAUCUACUACGGAAGACGUUGACGAGAAGGAAUCGAGUAUUUCAAGUGCAGUUGACAAAAUACGAGCCAAUCACUUGGCCACCACACCUGUUUCACCAGUCGGCAAUAUAGUUGACAUGCAGGGAACGUUGAAUCAUGCAAGUGUUGAUAAAAACGAGGACGAGAAGAGUGAGAGUAAAAUUAAUGUUAGCAAAGAGGAUACUAAAGAUGGAAACGACUGUAUCAAAGCGACAGAUAAUCAGGAGGCUGAUAAGAAACAGGAGAUUGAUAAAGAUGGAAGCAAUGGAGACAUUAAGAGCGAGAUAAAAACGAUCGAGGCGAAUAGCACGCCAGAAAAUAUCGAUGUGGAGAAUAAAGUUGCAGCUUCAGUGGAAAGUAAAAGUGUGGAGAAUAAAGUUGCAGCUUCAGCGGAAAGUAAAAGUGUGGAGGAUAAAGUUGCAGCUUCAGCGGAAAGUAAAAGUGUGGAGAAGGAAGAUACGGCUGAUCAGAAAAUCGCGGAUGAAUCCGAAUCUUCCAUUAAGCAAUCUAUCUCCCCUUCAUUGAGCAAGCUGUCUAUCUCAGAAAAUCAAGGUGACGAAGAGAAAAGCAUCGAUUUAGCGCAAUCUCCGACUGGUAGCGUGGAAGACUUGUCAAUAGAUGAAAACGUGGCUAGGGCGACUAAAGUGAAAGAGUCUGAACAAAUCGAGGAGUAUGUGAAUAGUCAGGGUGUCCGAUUUAUUUCGUUGCAACAGCGAGCGCCGUACGGCGCGUUGUGCGUUCGCGAACUGUUCAGAUUUCUCAUUUCCCUGUGUAGUCCUUUUGACAAACAGAACAAUGAAAUUAUGACCCACUUGGGUCUCAGCUUAUUGCAAGUAGCGUUGGAGAUCGCAGCCGACGCUCUUUCUAAUUUCUUGUCUCUACUUGCGCUCGCUAAGGACGACUUGUGUAGGAAUCUAAUCUUGCUACUUGGAACAGAUAGAUUGUCGAUCCUCGCUGUAAAUCUUCAAGUAUCGUACUUGCUGUUUGAGUCGCAAAGAGAACAUCUAAAAUUUCAACUGGAACAUUAUUUAAUUAAAUUAAUGGAUAUAGUUGUCUCUGAAUCUAAUAGAAUAUCGUACGAGCAACGGGAAUUAGCGCUUGAGGCCAUAGUAAGAUUAUGGAGAAUACCCGGUUUGCCUGCUGAAUUAUAUUUAAAUUACGAUUGCGGACUUUACUCUACAAAUUUGUACGAGGAACUUAUGAAAAUGUUUUCUAAGAAUGUUUCUCUGCCAAUGACCAAUGGUAUGCAUACCAUGCAAUUGAUUUCCUUGGACGCCAUAAUGAUGCUGAUUGUCGGCAUGGAGAUUCGUUGCAAAGGCUGCAAGGAAUUGUGCAAACCGUCGCGUCACGAGGCAUCGUCAAAUCUGCCCACGCGUGAAGACUUGCUCGAUAUAAAGUCGAACAAGCGGUGGUUGGUUCUCGGCACAGAAAAGUUCAACGAGAAUCCGCGAGCGGGUAUCGCAAAGCUUACGGAGCAAGGUCUGCUAAGCGAUACUUCAGGUCACUCGGAUCCUGAAAAAAUCGCGAAACUUCUAAGAGAGAAUCCUGGUUUAGACAAGAAAGCGAUCGGCGAAUAUAUCAGCAAGAAAGAAAACAUGAACAUUCUCAAUUGUUUUGUGCAUAAUUUCGACUUAAGAAAUACUCGAAUCGAUCAGGCUUUGCGACUUUAUCUGGAAUCGUUCAGGCUCCCCGGAGAAGCUCCUCUUAUAUUUCUUUUACUCGAGAAAUUUGCCGAACAUUGGCAUGAUAGCAAUGGUAGACCUUUUGCUUCGGCCGACGCCGCCUUUGCGUUAGCUUACGCGGUGAUCAUGUUAAAUGUCGAUCAACAUAAUUAUAACGUAAGGAGGCAAAGCAAUCCUAUGACUGCUGAUGAAUUUAAGAAAAAUUUGAAGAAAGUUAACGGCGACGUCGACUUUGAUCAGGAUAUGCUUGAUGAGAUAUAUACUUCAAUUAAAGGAGAGGAAAUCGUGAUGCCGGCUGAACAAACUGGACUAGUAAAAGAAAAUUAUUUAUGGAAAGUUUUACUGAGAAGAGGCUGCGGACCUGAAAGUGCAUACUUGAAAGUAGGCAAUUCCGGUGAAUUCAUCGAUAAAGACUUAGCUGAACAUGCGUGGGGUCCUAUUAUAAGUGCUCUUUGCCGAGCUUACGAUAAAGCACCAGACAGAACGUUGCAACGCAAAGUCGCUCAAACGUUCCUCAGUUGCGCGGCGAUCAGUGCUUACCACGGCAUGUGCGGUGACUUGGAUACGCUCAUAGUGAGCCUCUGCAAAUUCACGGGCCUGCAAAUCGGCGGAAAGUCCGAGCAAGUAGUUUUACAUCUCGGUGGAAGUCCAAAGUCUCAAAUGGCUGCUCGCACUCUCUUCAAGAUUACGCAUUUACAUGGGGAUGCCUUGAGAGCGUCUUGGAAGAACAUCAUCGAUUGUUUGCAGUCGCUCUACGAGGCAAGAUUGUUACCGAAAAAUCUUACGGAGGCGGAAGACUUCAUCGAUUCAUCUGGUAAAAUAUCUUUACUCCGGGAACCGACCACGCCCAAGACUUCCCCGGGUGAUCAGGGAAUACUUUCCACCUUCUAUUCUUAUAUCGCUAUGGAUACGUCACGUCUGCCGCAUCCCGCCGAGGCGACCGCGCGAAAAAAGGCUAUGGAGUUUAUUGCUAAUUGUUAUCUCAAGGAAAUUAUAGAAGAAAGCAAGUUUUUUCAGAGUGAAUCACUCAAUUCUCUCGUUGGCGCUUUGGUGUCGGUGAAUCCUAACGAUGAGGAUAUAUCUAUAUUUCUCUUGGAACUGUUGCUAGAAGUAACUAUACAGAAUCGUGACAGAGUAACGUGCAUCUGGCCCGUGGUUCAGAGUCACUUGGAUCGUUUGUUAACGGUGGCGGCGCGCGAGAACCAUCCUUAUUUGCUCGAAAGAGUAGCUGUGGGCAUGCUGAGAUUGGCGAUCAGGCUUUUACGCGGAGAAGAGUUUGCGUGUCUAUCUCCUCUACUACCUCUGACCCACUUGCCGUCCGCGACAACUGUACCAUUGGCACGACAAAUCGCCUACGGUUUGUUCGAGCUGUUGAAGACGGGCGCCGCGAACAUCCAUAGCGCGGAAGAUUGGAAGGUAGUGUUCAGUCUGCUGGAAUGCGCGGGUGCCGGCGCAUUGGCACCCAAACGAUCCAACACGGUUCUAGACGAAACAACAAACGCUCGGGCGUCGGUCUUGGAUCCCAGACCCAUCAGUCCUGUGCCGGAAUGGGUGUUGGUGUCGCCCACUGGUACCGAGGCACCGCUUCCGGUAGCCGCCGACACGAUAGUUUUGGCGCGUGAUCUUCAGCCGCACGACUCGGCGGCGUUCGUCAAAUGCUGCGACAGCCUAAACUUCCUGGUGCGCGACAUGGCGCAUGUGACGCCCUUCAACUUCGAUCUGUGCGUCAAUUGCGUGAGAACGUUUGCCGAGGCGGUGCUGCAAUGUGCAGGCAAGCGGAACAGGGUGUGCAACUCCGCGGAGGAAUCGGCUGAUUAUCAACGAAGCCCGGUACAGUUGCUGGAGCUGAUAUACACGCUGCACACGAGAAUUGCACAGGUAUUCCGAUGGUGGGCAGAGGAAGGUAGCAUCGACGACGGUAUAUCCCUGUGGCCGCAGGCCUGGCGACCGCUGCUGCAAAGUAUCGCGCGACUCUGUUGCGACGCUCGCAGACUGGUACGCACCUCGGCAAUCGCGUAUCUUCAAAGCACCUUGAUGGCGCAAGAUUUGGCGCAGCUGUCCGCAAUAGAGUGGUCGCAAUGUUUGGAGGAGGUAUUAUUCCCGUUGUUGGCGCAAUUACUGGGUCCGAUCGCGUCCAACGAUCCCAUCGGCGUCGAGGAAACGAGAGUUAGGGUCGCGAUGUUGCUCUCCAAGGUAUUUCUUCAACGUCUGACUCCAUUGCUAUCUCUACCCGGUUUCUUGCCGCUAUGGUUAACAGUAUUAGAACUUCUACGCGCGUACAUGCACGCCGACAAUAGUGAGCUUUUGUUCGAAGCGAUCCCCGAAUCAUUGAAGAAUAUGCUGCUGGUGAUGUCGUCGGCCAAUGUUCUGGCACCGAGUUCCAAUCUCUGGGCACCCACGUGGCGAGCGAUCGACACGUUUCUGCCGAAUCUGAAAGCGGAACUCUUCCCGGAACCGCCCAUUGCGGUUCUGCCUCCGCAACCGUCGCCGCAGCAGUCAUCGCAGUCGCAAGUUAUCAGCUUGGUCGGUCAAGCACAACAGCCACCGUCUUUUCCGGGCUCUAUAGCGCCGCAACCAGAAAGUACUUUCUCUUCGGCGGACAUCGAGUGUUCUAGCGAGAAUAACAUAGAUACGAAGAUCAUGACGCAGCCCUUGGAUAUUCUAAAUUCUGCGCAAUCCGGCGGGAUACCUGUUCCAUUACCGACAUUGAUGUACAAUACUGAGGGCAAGGAGACACAGCAAGUGAUCACUCUAGUUAGCCAACCGGCGCCCAGCGUAUCCAGUCCGGUCGCGGUGCAACCGACAGCUCAGAGUUUCUUUGACAUUUGCUACUCGGCGAAUUCUUUGACCGAAAAGACGGACGAACGACAGCAGCUCCUACAGGAGCAGCAACAACAGCAACAGUCAAUGUCGCCGAGUGAGGAAGAGCACAGUAAAUUGAUGAAGAACACGGCACAAAAUGUUGGUUUGGCAGACGAGAAUCGCGACUUAAUACUCGCGAUGAGAAAAUAUGAAGAAUGGAAGCAACAACAGGAGCAGCAGCAAAUGCUGAUGCAGCAACAGUGCACGCAGCAUACGCAGUCGGCGCAGUAUCAGCAUUCGGUGACAGAAAAUUCUCCAUACCGCGUGGAUCCAUCUGAGAAGAUGACAGUUGAUUCCACGGGUACGACGACGACGUUUAACUCCGCGUCGUAUUUUAGCGAGGAUCCGGCGGCGGAUCUUCUCUUCGUCGUCACUAAUCCUUGACCACUGUAUAUUUCCUAUGUAUAAAUUGUAUUAUAUAAAACAUUUCUACAAUGCGUGAUUAUGUUCUGUGUAGAGACAGUGAGAGUGAUUGAUUAUAGACGAGGGAGAAUAAGGGAGGAUGAGCGUAGACGCAGAGUCAUUGUAUCUUUGGUUUGUAUAUUUGGAAAGCACUUAUUAUAUACAAAUAAUAUAUAUUAUAUAUAUAUGU